AUGUCACUUCCAGAGCCAGUUGUCCAGGAAAUCCAGUACAAGCCUGUCCCGCCUCAACGCAUGCGUAUGACAGAUGCCGACUACUACGCAUUUUUCCAAAACCAGGUCAUAUUUUUAACCGGUGCUACGGGCGGACUCGGUGGCUGCCUUUUAUAUAAACUUGCACUCAAGCUUCAGACCAAAAAGAUAUACGCCCUCUGCCGUUCUAAGACCAAGGCUCUUCGAUCAUGGAACGAUACUAUGCCCCACCAGUACAAGGCGAUAUUGAACUCGGGCAAGGUGAUAUUACUGGAGGGUGACAUUACAAAGCCAAACUUUGGCAUUGACCCAGCUCAAGUGCAUGACACUACAAUUGUCAUAAACUCAGCUGCCGAUAUAUCAUUUGCUCAACAAGUGGAUGAGGCUAUCGAAAAGAAUUGCAAGCCUCCACUCGAAUUAGCAAAGAUGGCUUCAUCAUUGCCACACCUCCAGUCAUUCAUUCAACUCUCUACAGCUUAUUGUAAUUCUUUCCUACCCGAUGGUCUAGUCGAAGAAAAAAUUUAUCCCCUCGGAGACCCCGAAGAAGAACUCACAACUCACGCCAGCUCUCAGAUAUUCCCGUGGUCAUAUGCGUACUCAAAACAUUUGAUGGAACAACUUCUCCUAUCAAGAUACCCCAACUUACCCAUACUCAUAGUACGGCCGACUAUAAUAGGCACCGCCAUCAAACAACCCUUCCCACUAUACGGUCCAAUUGGUUCAACACCUCUCGAAUCAUUCUUCAAAUUUUUUGCCAUAUCCCCUGGAAACCGUGUCUUCCAUGCAGCAACUGGCUCGGAGUCAGGAACCAACAUAUUUGACGAGGUGCCUGUCGACUGGGUAGCUAAUCUGACCCUACUACACGCAGCAUCAGGUACCAGAGGCAUCAUCCACGCGGGUUCAGAAUCAUACAUCCCACGAACUCUCGAUGAUAUGCUACGUGUUGCCCAGGAAAAUGACGCGGACAUGGAGGUUAAAUUUGUCACCGACCGAAGUAUACCUCAGUGUCCCUUGGCAGAUUUCUACAAGGUAGCAUCUCGGGAUUGGCGAUUCUCCAACAAGAACUCAGCCAAAUUCCGCAGCAUAGAAGGUCCUUUGAGUAUCAGUGUUUAUGGUCACGAUCUAUAUGACUUUGACAUGUUACGAGUUCUGAAAUUAAACUCUGCUAUAGAAGCUUACCGACGUAAGAUUAAGGCCAGGAUGUGA